ACUCUCCUACGUCUCAGCAUCCAUAAAAUCUCUCUCACCCUUCUCCAUCUCUCCAACGAGGCGUCCUUCUUCCUUCCCAUGGAUUCUGAAUCUGCCACCAGGCUCGUCGCUGGCUCGCACUGGCGCAACGAGUUGCAUGUCAUGCAUAACCAUCAAGAGCCCAAGGUGCAGAAAAGCAGAGCAAACACCAGACUGUGCCGUGUCUGCGGCGACGAGAUCGGGCUCAGGGACAAUGGCGACCCGUUCGCCGCAUGCCUCGAGUGUGGAUUCCCUGUUUGCCAGCCCUGUUACGAGUACGAGCGACGAGAGGGAAACCAGGCCUGUCCGCAGUGCAACACCCGUUACAAGCGCCACAAAGGAUGUCCGAGGGUUGAAGGAGACGACGAUGACGGGGUAGAGAUGGACGAUUUCGAGGAAGAGUUCCAAAUUAAGAGUCCCAAGAAGUCCCCUGACGACCACCAACGCUUUGACGCUAACUCGGAGAAUGGAGAACGGGUGCAACCAUGGCGGCCAAGUGCGCAUACCUUGUCAUCCUUUGCAGGCAGUAUUGUUGGUAAGGAAUUAGAGAUGGAGAGAGACAUGGAGGGGAAUAUAGAAUGGAAGGACAGAGUGGAGAAAUGGAAGGAAAGAAAAGGUCAGAUCAACAAAGACGAGGGAGGAAAUGAUGAAGACAACUACGAAGACGAUAUGCUCAUGGCGGAGGCUCGACAGCCCCUGUGGCGGAAGGUGCCGAUUCCCUCGAGCAGGAUCAGCCCUUACCGCAUCGUGAUCGUCCUCCGCCUCGCUAUCCUGGUCUUCUUCUUCCGCUUCCGAAUCACGACCCCCGCGACCGACGCGUACGCGCUGUGGCUCACCUCGGUCAUCUGCGAGAUCUGGUUCGCCCUCUCGUGGAUCCUGGACCAGUUCCCCAAAUGGUUCCCCAUCACCCGCGAGACGUACCUGGACCGCCUCGCCAUGCGGUUCGAGCGCGAGGGGGAGCCGAACCGCCUCGCUCCAGUGGACUUCUUCGUCAGCACCGUCGACCCGCUCAAGGAGCCGCCCAUCAUCACCGCCAACACCGUCCUCUCCAUCCUCUCCGUCGACUACCCGGUCGACAAGGUCAGCUGCUACGUGUCCGACGACGGCGCGUCGAUGCUGACCUUCGACACCAUGUCGGAGACCGCGGAGUUCGCCAGGCGGUGGGUGCCGUUCUGCAAGAAGCACAGCAUCGAGCCUCGAGCGCCCGAAUUCUACUUCUCGCAGAAGAUAGAUUAUUUGAAGGACAAGGUGCAGCCCACCUUCGUCAAGGAGAGAAGGGCCAUGAAGAGAGAGUACGAGGAGUUCAAGGUGAGGAUUAAUGCACUAGUGGCGAAGGCUCAGAAGAAACCUGAGGAAGGGUGGGUGAUGCAGGAUGGCACACCUUGGCCUGGAAACAACACGAGGGAUCAUCCUGGCAUGAUUCAGGUAUACUUGGGCAGCGCAGGUGCACUUGACGUAGAAGGUAAGGAACUCCCUCGACUCGUGUAUGUCUCGCGUGAGAAGCGACCCGGCUACCAACACCAUAAGAAAGCCGGAGCAAUGAAUGCACUGGUUCGGGUCUCGGCUGUGCUCACCAAUGCGCCAUUCAUAUUGAAUCUGGAUUGUGAUCACUACAUCAACAACAGCAAGGCCGUCAGGGAGGCCAUGUGUUUUCUGAUGGACCCUCAGCUGGGGAAAAAGCUGUGCUAUGUCCAGUUCCCUCAGAGGUUCGACGGGAUUGAUCGCCAUGAUCGAUACGCCAAUCGCAACGUCGUCUUCUUCGAUAUCAACAUGAAAGGGCUGGAUGGCAUCCAAGGCCCCGUGUACGUGGGAACCGGUUGUGUCUUCAACCGAGAAGCAUUGUAUGGCUACGACCCACCGAAAUCGGAGAAGAGGCCGAAGAUGACUUGCGACUGCUGGCCGUCGUGGUUCUGUUGCUGCUGCUGCGGCCGCAGGAAAUCCAACGCCAAGAAGGGCGAGAAGAAGGCCUUCCUGGGCCUGCACAAGAGGAGCAGUAAGGCUAUUGUGGUGAGCAAGAAGGGGUACACCAAGAGAGGGUUCGACCUGGAGGACAUAGAGGAGGGCUUGGAGGGCUACGAUGAGCUGGAGAAGUCGUCGCUCAUGUCGCAGAAGAACUUCGAGAAGCGCUUCGGCCAGUCGCCGGUCUUCAUCGCCUCCACCCUCAUGGAGGAAGGCGGACUGCCACAGGGCUCCAACUCUGCGGCCCUCAUCAAGGAGGCCAUCCACGUCAUCAGCUGUGGCUACGAAGAGAAGACCGAGUGGGGCAAAGAGAUUGCGUGGAUCUAUGGGUCAGUGACGGAGGACAUAUUGACCGGCUUCAAGAUGCAUUGCCGAGGGUGGAAGUCGGUGUACUGCAUCCCCGACCGACCGGCAUUCAAGGGUUCUGCUCCGAUCAACCUCUCUGACCGGCUGCACCAGGUGCUGCGUUGGGCUUUGGGUUCGGUGGAGAUCUUCAUGAGCCGCCACUGCCCUCUCUGGUACGGCUAUGGCGGCAACCUGAAAUGGUUGGAGAGAUUCGCAUACACCAACACCAUCGUCUACCCAUUCACAUCCAUCCCCCUCCUCGCUUACUGCACCAUUCCGGCCAUCUGCCUCCUCACCGGGAAGUUCAUCAUCCCCACGAUCGACAACAUAGCGAGCCUAUGGUUCCUCGGUCUCUUCCUGUCCAUCAUCGCCACCGGGAUCCUCGAGCUGCGGUGGAGCGGCGUGAGCAUCCAGGACUGGUGGCGCAACGAGCAGUUCUGGGUCAUCGGUGGCGUGUCGGCGCACCUCUUUGCGGUCUUCCAGGGCCUCCUCAAGGUGCUGGGAGGCGUCGACACCAACUUCACCGUCACGGCCAAGGCCGCCGACGACUCCGAGUUCGGGGAGCUCUACCUCUUCAAGUGGACCACCCUCCUCAUCCCCCCAACCACCCUGAUCAUCCUCAACAUGGUGGGGGUCGUGGCCGGCGUGUCCGACGCCAUCAACAAUGGCUACGGCUCGUGGGGGCCUCUGUUCGGGAAGCUCUUCUUCUCCUUCUGGGUCAUCGUCCACCUGUAUCCCUUCCUCAAGGGAUUGAUGGGGAGGCAGAACAGAACUCCCACCAUCGUCGUCCUCUGGUCGAUUCUGCUUGCGUCCAUCUUCUCGCUGGUGUGGGUCAGGAUCGAUCCCUUUUUGCCCAAGCAGCAGGGGCCAGUUCUCAAGCAGUGUGGAGUAGAGUGCUAGUCGCCAUUUCCUCUCUUGAAGAGCUCCUCCAUCCACGUGACAACUGGUUGUGGUAUGCAUGAUGAAGAGUGUGUAUUGUGUGAAGAUCUGCAGACAAUUUGAUCAUCAAGAAGUGGAAUAUGGCUGUGCAAAUUCAUGUC